AUGGCCGGAUCCGACUGGACUUGCAGUCUCUCCGCUAUGCAUGAGUGGGAGUCCCCAGAUUAUGAGCCGUCACUUCCUGUUUCAGAGAAGUCCAACCCCCUGACGCGCGACAUCGACCGGGCUUCGGCCAAUUGUAUCGUGAGGAUGCUGCAGUCCUGUGACACCCAGAUGUUUCAGGAGGAGACUGGGGGAACCUACCAGAGGCUUUUGAGCGAACAAGUGGUGGAAACAUUGACGGAGGUUGCUAAGAAGGUGGAGCACAUUCUCAAGGAUCCUCGGGACAGUCUCAUUGUAUUGAGUGGUUGUGGGACUUCUGGCCGACUGGCUUUCCUCAUCACAUCGGCUUUCAACAGAGCGCUGAGGGAGCUGGACCGGAGCUUGGUCUACUCCUACAUUAUUGCAGGAGCAGACAAAGCUCUGCUGUCCUCCCAAGAAGCUCCUGAAGAUGACCCCAAACUGGGCGUGCUCAGUCUGAAGAAGGUCUGUGAGGGACAGAAGCGCGUCUUGUUCAUUGGUAUUUCCUGUGGGUUAUCUGCCCCGUUUGUUGCAGGUCAGCUGGACUUCUGCCUGCAGCACCCUGAGGUGUACACUCCCGUACUGGUUGGCUUCAACCCUCCACAUCAGGCCAGGGAUGAGCGCAUUCCAGGCUGCACGUUCACUUUUCUCAGCGUGGUGCGAAGGAUGCAGGAGUUCGCCAAACGCCAAAAGGCCUUCCUCGUUAACCCAGCGGUUGGGCCAGAAGCCGUCAGCGGCUCGUCCAGGAUGAAGGGAGGCAGUGCCACCAAGAUCCUCUUGGAGGUCGUGCUGUCUGCUGCUCACGCCGCUGCCUUCGCAGAUGCACCCAUCACUCCCAGGGGCAUCCUGCAGGACAUGAGAGAAUACAAGAAAACUCUGGAGAUCACCUAUGCCCAGAGAGAGGGGAUAAGCGCUCUGUUGGAGGCAGCCGGGCAGAGCUUGCGGCGGGGCAGGCGUGUGUGUUACCUGGGCUGGGGCUCCCUGGCCACGCUGGGCCUCGCCGACGCCAGCGAGUGUGUGCCCACGUUUGGAGCAGGCCACGAAGAUGUUCGGGGCUUCAUCAGUGGAGGAUACAGAGAGCUGAACAACACUGAGGGUCCACUGGGUCCCGACUUUUGCAUCGCACACGAGGAUUUCUUGCGCCUGGUCCUGCCCUCUCUCGAUGACCGGGACGUCGUUCUUCUUAUCUACACACACUCCGACGAUGUCAGCCGCGUGGCGGCGCUGGCACGCGAAGUGAGAGAAAAGACGUCCAACCUUCACGCCGUUUAUCAUCGGGUCGUUGGAGACACUGCGGCCGCUGUCCAACAAGAUGAUAUCAACAAGCUGUGUUUAUCUUCACUAAAAUUCACUUGGCAGUCACCUGCUUCAGGGAUCUCACUGCACAUGCAGAUGGAGCUGUCCACAAAGCUGGUGCUGAACGCUGUAAGCACCGGCGCUCACGUCUUGAAGGGGAAGAUCUACCAGAACCACAUGGUGGACGUGCAGGUCACCAACAGCAAACUCUACUGCAGAGCCACACGUUUGCUCCAGAAGCUCUCCGGUUGUCCGGAGCCCCGGUGUGAGGAAGCUCUCCUGAAGGCCGUCUACCGGGUGGACGAGCUGACGGCGGCCAUCAUGUCCUCUGACGUCCAGGCGCACACACACUCUGCCAGAAGUAGCGACAAGGCGGUCCCUCUGGCUUUGGUCUGUUUGCUGACCGGUCGCUCUCUCAUGGAGGCGGAGACUCAUUUGGAGCAGCGGCCGACUGUGAGGGAGGCGGUGGAGGCGUGCCUGUCUUAA